CACCCCGGUGCAGCAGCCAAUCAGAUUAGCGUGUAUAAGGCCCAGGCGCCUGUGCGGCGAGUACAUUCCCGGAAGGAGAGCCGGUGACAGGCAUCGGGGAAUCCCAUAUGGCAGGGAUUUGUGUACUGAGGGCUGCUGUACGGCAGGCGAGGGCUGAACACUUGGAUUUGCUGGCAGCGGGGUGCCGCCUACUGCCUGGCGGCCAUGGACCGAUUCCCCAGUACUGCAGAUAUGUGCACUCCAGCAUUGCUCGGGCAGGGAAGAACAUGCUCGCCAAGUUCUCGAGCAAGUCUAAAAAGAAGUUCUGGUAUGAUAGCCCAUCCUUGGGGAAUCCGUUUGCAAACAAGCCAGCUAGUUUGGCAAGCCUGAUGAAAGUACAAAGAAAAGAGAAGAGAGAAGACAGUGUUCGCAUCAGGGCUUUGAAUAGUAUUUUGUACAAAGCAUUAACAGACUUGUUGCAGACAUCAGCAAUUAGCCAGGAGGUGUGUGACCUUAAUGUGGAGCUCUCAAAGGUAUCUGUAUCUGCUGAUUUCCUAGUUUGCCGUGCAUACUGGAUGACAAGUGGAAACCUAGAUACUGAUAAUCAGAUUGAACUAGUACUUCAGAAGUAUGCUCCCCAAUUCAGGCAUCUAAUGCUAACUCAUCAAGUCCUUGGAAGUGUCCCCCAAGUUGUAUUUGUAAGAGAUAAAGAAGAUGCUAUGGUACAAGAGGUUGAAAGAUUACUUGCUAUUGCAGAUUUUGGGGAAAACCAUGACAGGGAAUUGAACUCCACAUCAUCAGGUUCCACCACAGUCUCUCAGGUUACACCUGCAAGUAUGUUUGGAAUUGACCAUGCUGACCUGAACAAACAAAUUUUGGACUAUAAAAGAAAAAUGAAAGACAGGAUAAAAGAAAGUGAUCACAGUACUUUGUCACUGAAGCAACAAGAACAGCUUGCAGAGAUAAGGAAGCAAAAGAUGUUAAAGAAAAAGAAGCACAAAGGGACCGUUCAUGAUGAAGUUGACUCCCUAGAGAACUAUUUGCUGAGCAAGUACAAUGACACGUACCCAGAUGAGGAGGCAGUAGUGGCAGAAGAAAAUGAACUAGACUUUGAAUUGGAAGAAGAAAUAAAGGAACUUGAGGAAGAAGGCAAAAGUGAGAAUAAAGACAAUACUCCUGUAACAAGUAAAAACUCCUAGUUUGCUUUUGUGGAUAUUGUUUAAUGUGAAGAGAUUUAUCCAUUUUGGACGGCUUUUCUGACUAUCCUCCUGCAAUCAUCUUUAGUAUAUUGCACUUAGUCUGUAUAAUGGUAGAUGCUAUGCUGCUGUGUUUGUAUGAGAUUGUCACUUCCUAAGUGGGACAUUGAGGAAUAGUGGGGAUGUUAUGUAUGAAUAGAUUAGUGAGUUCAACCUAUGCAAUGUGUAACUGCAAAGCUAUAAGCUAAAAUCAGUGGAUCCCACAGAACCUAAUAAAUAUGCUGUUAUUUAUCAUGCAGUUUAUCAUCACUUUAAACUCAAGAUGAAGAGACUCCCUUAUGUGUCCCCCUUUUUUUAUCCCUUUUCUUUUUCGUAUUAUGUAUUACUUAUAUAUAAAUAAAAAAUGUGACACAAGAUAAACUGCUCAUAUGCAAC